AUGUUGUUUGGUGUGAAAUUGGCCAAUGAGGUUUAUCCUCCUUGGAAGGGUUCUUAUAUUGAUUAUGAAGGCUUAAAGAAAUUUUUGAAGGAAGAUAGCGUGAAAGGUGGAGCGGAUGAUAAGAAACCAAGCUGGGAUGAUUCGGAUGAGUCUAGGUUCGUCGAAGAGUUGGAUAAAGAACUUGAAAAAGUUUACGGUUUCCAACUGAAAAAAUACAAUAAUCUAAUUGAAAGACUAACCCAUUUGGAAAAACAAACAGAUUCAGAAUCAGCUAUCAAGGCUUUAGAUUCUGAUGCAUUCCAACGUAUCUUGGAAGAGCUAUUGAGUGAGUCUAGUGAAUUAGAUAAUUUUAAAAGGUUAAAUUUCACUGGGUUCGUUAAGAUAGUUAAGAAGCACGAUAAGCUACACCCAAAGUACCCAUCUGUGAAAUCAUUGCUAGAGGUUAGGCUAAAGGAAUUACCUUCCCAUUCGGAAGAAUAUUCCCCAUUGCUGUACCGUAUCUCCUUUUUGUACAACAUUCUGAGAAGCAACUUCAACACUAUGUCUCAGUCCUUGGCUAGUGCUUCUAAGUUUUCGAGUAUCGCCAGUAAUGACAUGGACAUGAACCUCAAAAGUUUUAAAUUUUGGGUCCAUAAUGACAAUUUAAUGGAAGUCAAAACAAGAAUCUUGAGACAUCUUCCAGUACUGGUUUACGCUAAUGUUCCCUCCGAAAACGAUGAUUUGGUCAAUAGAUUCGAAUCGGAUAUCUUAAAUGAUGACGAAAUUGUGGCUAGUUCAAGUUCCAGUGGUAGUAAUGCAGAAAACGGUGGUUUGGGAGCACGUUCUUUUGACCCACUUAUUAAUACUCUUUAUUUCGACAAUGAACAUUUUGAAAUGUAUAACAACAAGUUACUGAAGUUAAACUCGGCCCCUACAUUAAGAUUGAGGUGGACUGGUCAGCUAUCUGAUAAACCAGAUAUUUUCUUGGAAAAGAAAACUCUUAUUGAAGAUGAAACCACAGGGAAAUCGGACUUUGAUUUCACCAAACUUCAAUUGAAACAAAAAUUUAUUAAUGGAUUUAUUUUUGAUGGUGAUAAGAAAUUUAAAGACCAGACUUUAAAGAAACUAAAAGACAGUGGUACGUCAAACAGAGAAUUGGAAAAGUUGAAAGAGGAUUUUGAAGAUAUUCAAGAUUUCAUCAUCAAGGAUGAAUUGCAGCCAGUUUUAAGAACUGUUUACACCAGAACUGCUUUCCAAAUUCCUGGAGAUGACAAGGUAAGAAUUACUAUUGAUUCUAACAUUGUAUUUAUCAAAGAAGACUCUUUUGACAGAAAACGUCCAAUUAGAGAUCCUAGUACUUGGCACAGAACUGAUAUUGAUGCCAAUGUCACAAAUCCUUUGAAAUUCUUAAGGGAGGGUGAAUAUGCUAAGUUUCCAUAUUCAGUCAUGGAAAUCAAAGUCAAAGGUUCAUUAGAUUCUUCAGUAUCAAGCAAUUCUAUGAUUUCUAAUGUGAAACUGCCUAAGAAGCAUGGACAAUGGCUAAACGAUUUGACGAAUUCUCAUUUGGUCAAAGAAAUUCCUAAGUUCUCUAUCUUUGUGCAAGGUGUGGCAUCAUUGUAUGGGGAAGAUGAAAAAUUAGACAUUUUACCAUUCUGGCUACCAGACUUGGAAACGGAUAUUAGACAAGAUCCUAAGCAAGCUUACGAGGAGGAAAAGAAAAAACUGAAAAAACAAAAGGAGAUUCAAAAAAAAAUUGAUGGGAUGAGAAGAUUUUCCAACAUAAACGAACCCCAACGUCAAGAACCGGCACCUCAUGAGGAAUCUCAAAACAUUACUUCUCAAGGUGAUUUGGAGGCUGACGGCUCAUCUGACGAAGAAACCCAAGAUCAACCUCAAUCGAAAAGAUCAAGGCAAACUCGGAGAAGAAGACCAAAGGCUACCUUCCUAAGAAUUUUAGCUGGGAAGGAUCCGAAGUUAAUGGGAGUGGAUUCUGAAGAAGAGGAAAUUGAAUUGCCACCUGGUGUGAAAAAACCAUCGAAUUUAUUGAAGAACGCUGGGCCUGUCAACGUGGAAGCAAAGGUUUGGCUUGCCAAUGAACGUACAUUUAACAGAUGGUUAAGUGUAACCACUCUUUUGAGUGUUUUGACAUUCUCAAUUUACAAUUCUGUGAAGAAGGCUGAAUACCCGAAUUUGGCUAAUUAUAUGGCAUAUGUUUAUUUUGCUUUAACACUAUUCUGCGCUUUAUGGUCAUAUUCUGUCUAUAUGAAAAGAGUCAAUAUUAUUCAACAAAGAAGUGGGCAACAUUUAGAUGCACCCCUUGGUCCAGUCUUGGUUGCGAUCGUUUUAUUUGUUACUUUAGUCGUUAAUUUUGUUAUGGCAUUUAGAAAUGCAGCAAGGUCUCGCGAAGAAUUACUAAUACAGAACUUAGAAGUUCCUGAAAGAAUACCAGAAGUAUUAAGACCAAUUCAAGAUUAUCUUUUCAGAUUAAUGGGACCAAGCAAAAAAUAA